UUCCUCGCACUCGCAGUCAUUUCAGGUAAAUGAAAUGAUUUAGAAACUAUCAACCAGACGAAAAUACGUGCUUUUCUACUCGGCAAAGGCAGGCAAUAAUGUGCGUUUAAUUCCGUUCACAGCAAAGUGCAGCCAUCUCCCGGAAUCGUGUGCGUAAAGUGCCGAAAGAGCGUUUGCGUUUAUCCGCUGGCUUCUUCUUCCUUCUCCUACCUCUUGACUGCAUUCAGCCGUGUUUGUGUGCCGUUGUCAUAUACAGUGUGCUUGCAGGGAGAGGUGGGUCCUAAAAGCAGUAGCAGCAGUAGCAGCACCAGCGUACCAAUAAAGAACAAGAUCCCUCUCGGUCAACAACACAGACCCAGCAGAUCGCCGCUUGCCCAGCGAAACAGCAAAAACAUCCACGGACACGGACCAAGCACAAACGGUUUUUGAGAGCGCAGCAGCAACAGAAGCAGCAGCACAAGCAGAAUGCAAACAAUAAAGUGCGUGGUCGUCGGUGACGGUGCGGUCGGUAAGACCUGCCUGCUCAUUUCCUACACGACCAACAAAUUUCCAUCCGAGUAUGUACCGACCGUGUUUGACAAUUACGCCGUAACGGUCAUGAUCGGUGGCGAACCCUACACGCUCGGUUUGUUUGAUACAGCUGGCCAGGAAGAUUACGAUCGGCUACGACCAUUGUCGUACCCUCAAACAGAUGUAUUUUUAGUAUGCUUCUCCGUCGUUAGUCCCAGUUCAUUUGAGAAUGUAAAAGAAAAGUGGGUGCCGGAAAUAACGCACCAUUGCCAGAAAACGCCGUUCCUGUUGGUGGGCACGCAGAUCGAUUUGCGUGACGAAAACAGUACGCUGGAGAAGUUGGCUAAAAACAAACAGAAACCCAUCACCCUCGAACAGGGUGAGAAGCUGGCCAAGGAGCUGAAGGCGGUAAAGUACGUCGAGUGUUCUGCGUUGACCCAGAAAGGGCUGAAGAACGUGUUCGACGAGGCAAUCCUAGCUGCGCUGGAACCCCCAGAGCCAACGAAAAAGAGGAAGUGCCGAUUUUUGUAAAAAACAAAACAAAACAAACCCAACAACACGUCUACUACCAUACACUACCGUUUGCGUGGAAACAUUAUCUAGAACUUGAGAGAGAGAGAUAGAGAGAGGGAGAAAGAAGUAGAAAGGAUGGUUUGCGUCGCUCGCACACAUCGAUCGUGUUAUGAUCAUCAUCAUGAAACAUCCAUUCAAACCCGUGUACACACACAUCUCGAUAUGCUUUCAUUUCUUCUUCUCCAUAUUCGACUUUGGACCCUAAGCAUGCAUUUCCUUUGGUUGAAGGUUGUUACGCAGGAAGCCUAAUGUAAGGGCGAUCUAUUCUGUGCUCCUUCCUGCCAGCCCCGGGCGCUGGUUUAUUAGUAGGAUUAUCGUAAAGUCCCCAAGCAAUCCCAAAAGGAGUGUGUGUGUGUGUGUCGCCUAAUUGUAGUAGACAGGACAGACAGUGUAUGAAACAUAACCUCAGAAUUUGUGGUACGAUGAUGAUCAAGUAACUAAUAUGAUGAGAAUCGGUCGAGCUAGGCGCUAGUUCUACCCUUCUGUUCUACUUCUGUUUCUUGUUUUUUUUCAACAAACAAACAAAACGAGCGAGACUAAAGCACGGGCGGAGUUGUAUUGUGUAUGCGCGCGACGGUACGUGUUUGCGCGGGCAAGCGUUAGGAGCUAGCAAGUUUGAGAUUGAGAUAUAAAAAAAGGCCAACAUAUAUUAUACCUAUACGAUAGGGAGGGAAAGACAAAAAAGCGAGCAAGCAAAGCAACAAAAAAAAAAACUAUAUGUAUGUAAAGAUCGUGCGCGCGCGCGAUACACAUUAAACGCAUAAAUCCUAAGUUUUGCGUACUCCGGUACCGGUGCAGCAAAAUGGACACCCAGAACCGUAAACUAACAAAGCUAACUAACAAGAAUACACAACAAACAAACCAACAUCAAUAUAGAUAAGUAGCAGCAGGAAACGUUCAACCCACCACCAGUUGAUGGGGUGGAUUGUUUGUGGGGUGGUUCGGUCACGUUGUUCAUAAAGCGACUGUACCAUCCCUUUCUGUUUUUGGUUUCCUUCGCUUGUAAUUUUGUGAAGCGAAUUCCGACCGUAAGAGUGGCACCGGCAGUAUAUGAGAACCGGUGAAAAAACGAUUUCCUAAACCUUAUACAACAGCUUUUUUACAACCCUACCCAAGGACACGUUAUUCGCAAAGGGUGGCGGUGGGAGUUACUGGAGGUAUACAAGAGAAGGGGGGCAGCACUGAUUUAGAGAGUUAGACGCUCCUUUUAUAGGUGUCAAUCGAUUGUGUGCUUUUUUCCUCUCCCAAAUAUUUAACCGAUGUUAAACUGCACGUAAAAGGACAUCAUAGGCGCUUGCUGUUGCUGAUGGCCCGCACCACAACAACCCCGGUUUUGUAUAAAAGGAAACGAAAUCCUUGCAGCAGUUUUGAGUGAAAUGUUUGCGAAUUGAGAUUGUAAUGCUCCGCUACACCGCUACACCGUAUUAUAUACGCGUUCUCUCGUACCGGUCAUAUUUAAUGCCUUAAAGGAUGCGUAAUUGGAGCAGAGGCUACCUACUACACUAUUUCUGUCUCCCCGGGAUAUUUAUGCUCGGUUUGUGUAGGCAAAUUUCAGUCGAAAAAGGUCAAAAGCCUAGGCAAAGCUAUUUUUUUUUCUUUGCACCAUAAAGCAGUGAAGCGCGUGGUGAAGCAUUAAACGAAAAGAAAUGAGUUUCUUUUUUAACCUAUGGAGAACACGAACAGGCGCAAUAGGAGAUGUAGAAACGAAACAAAGCAAGAAAACGUUUGUAUUAUCCAGGAAAUAAAAUUGUAAUAAAUCUAUUAUACUGUACAAGA